GAAGAGCUACCGAGAGAGGCUUCAGCAGCUCCCUCCACUUUGGGCAAACUUGCCGGUUUACCGCUUCUUCUUUUUUUUUUUUUUUUUUUUUUUUUUUUUUUUUUUUUUUUCAUACGAGUGGGAAGCUUCUCAAUUGCCAUUCAACAUUUUAAAGCACAAGCCGCUCUGCCGUGAAAGCGUCUGAUCCACAUUUCUCUGAAAGACACAGGAGGGAAUACACAAUUGCAGAUUUCACCCACUGUGGCGGUGCAGAUGACAGGAAACAACUGACUGAUACAAUUUUAUUUGCAAAUAGAACUCUGUAUUUUUUUUUUUUUUUAAUCGCGUCGCGGCUCUUUUCCCCUCCCCUUUGCCAUUCCGCUUUAUAUGGAUGUAAUUCAGAAUCUGUGUUAAUUCACAUGGGGGAUCCAGUUACAUCUUGUUCCGCUCCGGGUAUAAUUACGAGAGACCAAUAAUCGCCUUUGGACACAUAGUUUUGUUGCUAACCUUUGAACUGAAAGGAUCAAGUUCAGAUCUGGUUACCUGCAUUGGGACGGGAAGGAAGAGGAGAGAGAGAGAGAGAGAGAGAGAGAGAGAGAGAGACUGCAAUCUCAUUUGUGAAUCGCUCUCAGUGCUGCAGAUCCAGAUUGCUUUAACACAUGCAGUGCAAAUGCAGGUAAGGCACACACACAAACUGCGGAUGCAAAAACAAACUUGGGACUGUUGUGUGUCUAUGUUCUUAUCGCCAGCCUUGCAAAUUCUGGGCAAACGGCUUCUGCAGUUUCUGUAUCGUUGCUUUGUGACUAAUGACCUUGCGCAGAGUUGUUAAAAAAAAUCCGCUCCGGAGAAAGAGCUGAACAUUUUAAGCGAUCUCUGAAGAUGGAUUUGGGUGCUUUUCUGCCAACCAAAGGGGAUAUUCUGUGGACUGCACUGUAAUACUCGGGGUUCUCCUAUCAGCUGUGCAGCAACCGACGUUAUUGGGAUUUUUUUUAACUUUUUUUUUUUUUUUUUUUUUUUUUUUUUAAGAACUGCCCAUUGCUAAGAGGAUUUGGAGUUUUCCCGGACCCAAGCCCUUUGAAUAAAGCAAAUCAUAAUUUUUUUCCCCUGUGUGUGCAGAGAGGGGGAAGAAUAAAGCUAUUGCCUUGGUCGUAAACGGCUGAGAGGGAGAGAGAGAGAGAGAAAGAGAGAGAGAGAGAGAAAAGAGGGAGAGUGUGUGAAUUGUAGUUAACUCUAGUGUUGAAGACAACGACCUGGGGGGCUUCGAAUCGUACAGCACUGCUCCUGCUUUUAUUGCAAACCUUGCAAAGUGAUUACAGUAAAAUCAGAGAGGAGGAGGAGAAGGGGGAGGAGGAGGAAAAUCCCAUCCUAUCUACUGAGAUGAAUCUUUAAAAAGCAAAAUCCACUGUCCCGUGAACUGUAAGUAUAUCGGAACUGGAAGGCAGGGAGAGCAGCAGAGGAGCCAGCAGCAGGGUUUUGACCACCAAUUGCACCAGUCAUGAGACAAUAAGUUUCCAGAAAUAGAAGGAUUUUAUAAUUGAUCACCUGGACUCUCAGCCGCACUGUUGGCUUAUCAGGGGAGUUUACUGGGGGCCAGGUGGGAGUGAGAGGAGGGCGGGGGGUUUCGGUACGAGGAAGAUGAGGAAGAUGCGGACCCUCCUUCGCUUUGUGCAUUGCUGCUGCUGCUGCUUCUUGCUCCUCCUGCCUCCGCCGCUCUGGGUCAGCCUCGCAGCGGCUAAGCAGCUCCUGAAGUACCGGCUGGCCGAGGAGGGACCCGCCGACAUCCGCAUCGGCAACGUGGCUUCCGACCUGGGGAUCGUGACGGGCUCCGGAGAGGUGACAUUCAGCCUGGAGUCGGGCUCCGACUAUCUCAAGAUCGAUAACAUGACCGGGGAGCUGAGCACCACAGAGCGGCGCAUCGACCGCGAAAAGCUGCCGCAGUGCCAGAUGAUCUUCGACGAGAACGAGUGCUUCUUGGACUUCGAGGUGUCGGUCAUCGGCCCCUCGCAGAGCUGGGUGGACCUCUUCGAGGGCCGGGUCAUCAUCCUGGACAUCAACGACAACACCCCCACCUUCCCUUCCCCCGUUCUCACGCUCACCGUGGAGGAGAACCGGCCCGUGGGGACCCUCUACCUGCUCCCCACCGCCACCGACAGGGACUUCGGCCGCAACGGCAUCGAGCGCUACGAGCUGCUGCAGGAGCCCGGCGGGGACGGCGGCCGGCGCGGCGGCGGGGGCGGCUCGGCUGCGGCGGCCCCCGAGAGCGCCCCCUUCCCCGGCGGCAGCAAGCGGCGGCAGGAGGCGGAGGCGGCAGCCCGCAGCAGCGUCUUCGAGCUGCAGGUGGCCGACACCCUGGACGGGGAGAAGCAGCCGCAGCUGAUCGUCAAGGGGGCGCUGGACCGGGAGCAGCGGGACUCCUACGAGCUCAGCCUCCGCGUGCGGGACGGCGGCGACCCUGCACGGUCCUCGCAGGCCAUCCUGAGGGUGCUGAUCACCGACGUGAACGACAACAGCCCCCGCUUCGAGAAGAGCGUCUAUGAGGCGGACCUGGCGGAGAACAGCAGCCCUGGGACCCCGAUCCUGCAGCUGCGUGCCACCGACCUGGACGUGGGAGUGAAUGGGCAGAUCGAAUAUGUCUUCGGGGCGGCCACUGAGUCCGUCAGGCGCCUACUGCGGCUGGACGAGACCUCGGGCUGGCUCAGCGUCUUGCACCGCAUCGACCGGGAGGAGGUGAACCAGCUUCGUUUCACUGUCAUGGCCCGAGACCGGGGCCAGCCCCCCAAGACAGACAAGGCCACUGUCGUGCUGAACAUCCGGGAUGAAAAUGACAAUGUGCCUACCAUCGACAUCCGGAAAAUCGGGCGCAUCCCUCUCCGGGACGGGGUGGCAAGCGUGGCCGAGGAUGUGCUGGUGGACACCCCCAUUGCCUUGGUGCAGGUGUCAGACAGGGACCAAGGUGAAAAUGGUGUGGUGACCUGCACCGUGGUGGGCGAUGUGCCCUUUCAGCUCAAACCGGCCAGUGAGGGUGAAGGGGAGCCACAGAAUAAGCGCAAGUAUUUCCUCCACACCUCGGCCCCUCUGGAUUAUGAAGCUGUCCGUGACUACAACGUAGUGAUUGUGGCUGUGGACUCAGGCAGCCCCAGCUUGUCCAGCAACAACUCCUUGCUGGUGCGGGUCGGGGACACUAAUGACAACCCUCCCAUGUUCAGCCAGGCUGUGCUGGAGGUCUCCUUUCCAGAGAACAACUUGCCUGGUGAGAGGGUGGCCACAGUGGUUGCCACAGAUGCGGACAGUGGCAAGAAUGCUGAGAUCACCUAUUCCUUGGAGGCCUCGCCCCUCUCCUCAGAGGCACCGAGCAACAUCUUCAGCAUUGACCCUGACUCUGGGGAUGUGUCGGUGCAGGCAGUGCUGGACCGUGAGCAACGGGACACCUAUGAAUUUCAGGUGACGGCCCGGGACAAGGGGGUGCCAUCGCUGCAGGGCUCCACCACAGUGGUGGUGCGAGUGUCAGACCGCAACGACAAUGAGCCACGCUUCAUGCAGGAUGUGUUCACCUUCUAUGUGAAAGAAAACCUGCAGCCCAACAGCCCCGUGGGCAUGGUGACUGUGAUGGACUUUGACAAGGGCCGCAACGCUGAGCUCAGCCUCUCCAUUCAGCCUGGAGACCAUGAACAGGCAGCUGGCAUCUUCUCUAUCGAGAAUGACACCGGAACCAUUUUCUCCACUGUCUCUUUUGACCGUGAGCAGCAGACCAGCUACACCUUUAAGGUGAAGGCAGUGGAUGGAGGUGAGCCACCACGGUCUGCCACAGCCACUGUGUCUCUCUUUGUGAUGGAUGAGAACGACAAUGCACCCACUGUCACCUUCCCCAGCAACAGCUCCUACACUGUGCUGCCACCCUCCAGCAACAUGCGCACCGUGGUGGCCACAGUGGUUGCCACUGAUGCUGACACAGGUCUCAACGCUGACCUCAACUACAGCAUUGUUGGGGGCAAUCCCUUCAAACUCUUUGAAAUAGACCCAGCCAGUGGUGUGGUGUCACUGGUGGGCAAGUUGGCCCCCAAGCACUAUGGCCUGCACCGCCUGGUUGUGCAGGUGAAUGACAGUGGGCAGCCCCCCCAGUCCACCACUGCCCUGCUCCAUGUCUUUGUCAAUGAGAGCCUGUCCAAUGCCACUGUGGUGGAGAGCCAGGUGGCUCGCAGCCUUCACACCCCACUGGCCCAGGACAUUGCUGGUGAUCCCAGCUAUGAGCUGAGCAAGCAGAGGCUUAGCAUAGUCAUUGGUGUGGUGGCUGGCAUCAUGACCGUCAUCCUUCUUAUCCUCGUGGUGGUCAUGGCCCGCUACUGCCGAUCCAAGGGCAAGCAUGGCUACGAGGCCGGCAAGAAGGACCAUGAGGAUUUCUUCACCCCCCAGCAGCAUGACAAGGCCAAGAAGCCCAAGAAGGACAAGAAAGGCAAGAAGAGCAAGCAGCCCCUCUACAGCAGCAUUGUUACUGUUGAGGCUUCCAAGCCCAAUGGGCAGCGCUACGACAGCGUGAACGAGAAGCUCUCGGACAGCCCUGGCAUGGGCCGAUAUCGCUCGGUCAAUGGUGGCCCAGGCAGCCCUGACCUGGCCAGGCACUACAAGUCGAGCUCACCGCUGCCCACGGUCCAGCUGCACCCACAGUCCCCCACUGCUGGCAAAAAGCACCAGGCCGUGCAGGACCUGCCCCCAGCAAACACCUUCGUGGGCGCUGGCGACAACAUCUCCAUCGGCUCGGACCAUUGCUCCGAGUACAGCUGCCAGGCCAGCAGCAAGUACAGCAAGCAGGUGGAUACAGUGCAGACUACGCAGCACCCUGGCCACAUUGAGGAAUCAUGUAAAAUGAAUGUAUGUGCUCGUAAGUGAAUUAUUUAUGAAUUGACACUCCAACUCUAAGGGACGUUGGAUCACAAAAUCCAUGAACUCUCUUUACUCUUAUGUUAAGACAUUGAUUCCCAGGGGGCAGGGUUACUGCAGAACUAAGUGGACCUUUAAAGCAAAGCUAUUAGAAAAAACAAAACAAAACAGGAUAAAGCAUGGUAAAAACUGCUUGAAACAAGAGAUUCAGAUUACAUUUUGGAUUCAUUUGAAGAGACAUUAAAUGGAGAAUGCAAAGAAGCAAGAAUCCAAAACAGGAAAACAAAUGGUACAUAGAAAGGUUUGGUAAGCAGAACUGAUCGUAAGUGGAGGAAGAAGAUCAAAUACCAUCUAAUUCAGGAGUAUGAAUAGGAUGAAAGCACUCACCAUUUUCUUCUUUGUUCCAUCUUUGAAAGGACUGAAAUUUGAUUAGAUGAUUUGUUGAAUUAGUAACUGGGAGAGGAGUGUGAACAAGGUUGAAUUUUCAGUGUUUGAAUCAAUGAAAUAUUUGUGGUUUGGUUAAAAAAAACAAAAAAAGGCCCUGAUGAUAUGCUAGAAAAACAAAGAAAAAAUAUACCUCAGGACUGAAAUUCUGGAAAUCCAGAAAGAGUCUUAGUAUUUGAAAAACUUUGACCUGCUCAGGGACAUGAGGGAGAGAGUGGAAGAGGAUUCAAGUCAAGUGACAUAGGGCCUUCAGAUUUUGCUGAGAGAAAUGGCUCUCAAAGAAAGUUGAGGUGGAUACUAAGAUGAAACUGACUAUCAGUCACUAAGAUGAAAUGACUAUCAGCAAACAGGGAAAUCAACAGCCACUCACACGGUGCACAUACACUUUGGUUGCUAAAGACAACUGUAUUCACUUGGCUAGAGUGCUCCAGACUAAGACAAUUGUAUCAAGGAUUGUACAACAGCCAGUAUUAAAAUCAUAUAUACAAAAAAUCUCCAUAUCUGCUGUCACUAUUAAGCUAUAUACAUCACAUAAAAACAAAGACUAUAGUGCCAACUCUAGUUUUAUAUGUGUGUAUAUACAUAUAUAUAUACACACACCAAAUUUUGUAUUCAUUUUAUAUAUGUAUUUGAAUAUUACUCUAUAUAUAAGAUUAUGAUUUAGAGAAAGGCUGAAUAUUUCCUCCUAAAUAAUUUAUUUAGUCAUAUCCUUCAUCAUAAGAAGCAGCAAAAGAGGAUAUUUGAAUCAUAAUUUUCCAACAAGGUCUUUUUGUUAGGAAUAAAGCAUAACUUCAGCACACUGAAGUUUGUGAUGUAAAUCUGGUAUAGCUGUGUGAGAAAAUGACACGAUAUUUGGAACAAGACUGUAUGUUGUGACUUGCCUUCAUAGUAUGGCUUUUCAACUGUGUGAACAAAAAUGCUGAAAAAUACUUUUUCUCUCAUGAUUGUUAUGUGUUUAAGUCUGAAUUAGCUCAUCCUUUGUGUUUAUCCCUUCAAAACUGAUAGUCUGCCACUGUUGCCCAUUUGGAGUAAUUAGUUCUGAGUGGAGGAAUUUAUGAUACAGUAGGGGCUUUGACCUCUUUAUUGUACUGAGAUAUAUUAUCAAACUUCAAAGUCAGUAGGCUGCUACCACAUUGAUUUUGUUUUCUGUGAACAAAAUCAAUGGGCAAAAUUAAAAUAAAAAAAUCAAUUUUUUCAUUUUUGAAUUGAUUCAGGUUUUCUACAUGGACAUUUUUUAUUUAAACUUGAUUGCUAGUCUGGAACUUCAGUAAUUCUGCAUAAAAGAAAUUAUUAAUAAAAUAAACAAAGAAAAUUACAAUUAAGACAUACAGGAAUGAGAAGGAAAAAGAUGAAAAAGAGAUCAAGAAAAGCACAGUUUUAGAUUGGAAUGCAUUGUUUAGGAAUAACAAUAAAGAUUGUUGCCAACAUCUCUGUCAAAAAAUUCAGCACAUAGGUUGUUUCAUUUGCAUUUUCUAUCCCUUUUCUUUAGCUCAAUUGAUGCUUAGAAAUUGUGUAUGAAAUACCUGCAGUCCAUUGACCACAUUUUGUGAGAACAUUUCAGAGAUUUGCAAAUCUUACAUAAAGAUGAGAGAAAAGAAGGAAAAAACCACCAAAAUAUUUAAGAUGUAAUAUUUCUCAGAAAUAAAUACACUAAGUAUGCAAAUAUAUUUGUGAAAUUUUCAGCAUUUUUCUGAAUAUAGACAUUAUCUUAGAAAAAAAAUUCAACGUGGAACAUGUCAAGGCAUUGUUAAGUACCUCUGAUCAGAUUCCUAUCUUAAAUAUAGCAUUUUUAUUUCAAUAAAAUUCUUCAACUGG